AUGCGUUCCCACGUGCUGGCAGCAGCAGGCGCCCUGGUGGCCGCCAACGCUGCUCACGGCAGCCCGACCGCCACGGAAAAACAACUACCCAAUCGAGCUGCUGCUCUCCCGACUGUCACCGCUUCGGGCAAUGCUUUCUGGACGGGCGAUAAGCGAUUCUAUGUUCGAGGCAUCGACUACCAACCCGGUGGCUCUUCAGACAAUGCAGACCCCCUCGCAGAUCCUGACUUGUGCUCGCGAGAUAUCACGCGCUUCAAGGACCUCGGUGUCAAUGCCAUCCGUGUUUACUCGGUGGACAACUCUAAGGAUCAUACUGAGUGCAUGCAGAAACUCAAUGAUGCAGGCAUCUACCUGGUCCUAGACGUGAAUAACCCCCAAUACUCGAUCAAUCGAGACGAACCCGAACCAUCGUACAAUGACAAGUACCUGCAAAGUGUCUUUGCAACCAUUGAUGAGUUUGCCAAGUACGACAACACUCUUGCCUUUUUCUCUGGCAACGAGGUCAUUAACGACAAGCCCGAGACGGUCAAGUCAGCGCCAUAUGUCAAGGCGACCACUCGUGAUAUGCGCCAAUACAUUGGCUCUCGCGGCUAUCGUAAAAUCCCUGUUGGCUACUCUGCUGCUGAUGUUAGCGAAAAUCGAAUGCAGACAGCCGAUUACUUCAAUUGCGGUGGUGAUGACGAGCGCAGUGACUUCUUCGCAUUUAACGACUACUCUUGGUGCGCCCCAUCAUCCUUCCAACAGUCUGGCUGGGAUCAAAAGGUUAAGAACUUCACUGGUUACGGUCUACCAAUUUUCCUGUCUGAGUGGGGAUGUAUCAAGAAUACCCGUGAUUUCGAGGAGCUCAGCGCCUUGAUGAGCGAUCAGAUGUCUGGUGUUUACUCUGGUGGUUUGAUGUACGAGUACAGUCGCGAAGGAAAUGGUUACGGUAUUGUCGAACUUUCCGGCAACUCAGACUCGGUCAAGAAAGAGAGUGAAUAUGAUACCUUCAAGAAGGCACUUGCCAAGUACCCUGCUCCCUCUGGUGAUGGUGGUUUCACCUCCACUACGAAGGCUGUGGCCUGCCCUACGCAAGAUUCGAUUUGGGACCUUGGAAAAUGGGGUGAGAGUUCACUUCCUGCCAUUCCCGACGGAGCUAAGAAGUUCAUGAAAGACGGUGCUGGCGAUGGCCCCGGUCUUACGGGCCCUGGAUCACAGAACGCCGGUGGCACUUCGACGGGUACCGCCACGCCUGGAUCUGGUGAAGUCAGCGCAACCGCGUCAGGCGAUAACGCUGGCACUGGUCGUCCCGCCCCACCGAUGGAUAUGGGCUUUCUGGCUGUUACCGGUGUAGUCGGGUUCUUCACGCUUGCUGGUACCUUGCUUCUUUAA